AUGUCCCCAGCACCCUUGAUCUCCAUCAGCCUUGCCGUCGAUCCUCGCUUUCCUCCCCACUGUGACCAGCGAGCGCAGUCUACGUCCAUCGCCGUCCUCACCGUCUCCCUCGCGACCGCACCGAUCACCAGUUCCACCUGGCCCACUAUCUUCAACUUGGCGCUUGCUCAACGGCGUGAUGAUCUCAAGUGCUUUGAUAUAACUUCCGAUGCUUCCCUAUGCGUCAAUCUGACCAAAGGUCCCAAGCGACCGGGAUUCAGCCGUGAACGGGGCGGUCAUGACAAUCGCUUUUUUUUGCACCUUGCUGCCUGA